ACCAAAAUCGAAGUCAAAAGCAGCUGAAGAGCAUCUCUGCUGCCCGCUAGGAAGGAACCGAGCAAGGUGGACGAUUCGCUUUCGUUCCCCUGCUCCGGAUCAAACGGACGAUGGCGGCAGGUCAGGUCAAGACGGAAAUGCAGGACGAAGGCCCCCAGGCCACGGCGCCGGCGCCGGCGCCGGAGGAGCUCAGGAACCUCAAGCUCCCCGCCGAAGGCGGCGUCACCCUGGCCCUGCUCUCCCCCACCUCCGCGUCGAGGGCCAAGGCCGACGCCGGAUCUUCGUCCAUGGUCAGAGUGAGGAGGAGGAAAGGCACGAUUCUCAAGAUCAAGAUGAAGGACUCGGGAUCUCAGGUGGUGUCUGAUCGUUCUCGCAAAUCUCUAAGCUUUAAGAAAAGUAAGACUGCACUUGAUGGGACGCUUGAUCCUGGUGAAGUUAAGUCUGGUGCAAUGGUUCGGGCGGAAGAAGUUCAGUCAAACUUAGAACCCACAUAUCCUAGCUUCAUCAAAGCUUUGGUCCGAUCCCAUGUGGGCAGUUGCUUUUGGAUGGGGCUUCCUGGGGUAUUCUGCAGGGCUCACUUGCCAAAUAAAGACACUACCAUCGUUCUUGAAGAUGAAUAUGGGAAGCAGUACGAAAUGAAGUACAUUGCUCAUAAGACCGGGCUGAGUGCUGGUUGGAGGCAGUUCUCUGUUGGACACAAUUUGCUUGAGGGAGAUGUUCUGGUUUUCCAGCUAGUUGAGCCUAACAAAUUUAAGGUUUACAUAAUAAAGGCAGGCAAUCUUGCUGAAGUUGACGGCGCACUUGGCCUUCUAAAUCUGGAUGCUCCUUCCAAAAAGGCUGAAGCAGAAGAUGGCACCAACCAUGAAGCAUCAGCUAGACAACCAAGAAGGAGGCGCGGAAGUUCGCUGCCGUUAGCCAUUGUGCAGAAAAGAAGAAAGAAGUCGGACCAGCAAAAUUCAACUCCUAACCCAGAAUGUUUAGUGGAGCAAUCGGAAAAUGAUAGUGAAGGCGUUAAUUCAGAAGUCUUAGAGGGUUUCAAGUUGUCUCUGCCAGAUGUCCAGUUUAAGGAUGUUGACAGUUUCUCCAACUUCCACAUUGUGAUAGACGGGAUGGUUGUCAAUUCAGAGCUCUCUGAAGACAUCCUGAGGAAGUACUAUGAGCUCUGCCGCAGUCAGAAUGUGUUUCUCCACGAGAAUCUCCUCAAGGGCAUGAACUAUAAACUUAUUGUGGGCAUUAUAUGCGAAACCGUCCAUGUGGCUGAUGCAGUGAGGGCUUGCAAGAUCACUACCACUCGAGAAGAGUUCGAGACUUGGGACAAGACCUUGAAGGCCUUCAAAAUCCUGGGCAUGAAUGUUGGGUUCGUGCGUGCUCGGCUGAAACAGCUUGUGGGGCUCGCUUUCGAGUCAGAGAUGGCUAUGGAGACGCAAAAGUACGUUGAAUCCAAGAGAAAUCGGGACUGUGCGGAUGAAGAGAUUAGCAAUCUAGAGGCAAGGCUCCUGGAAUUGAAGGAAGAUAAUCGAAGAGUCAGUGCAGAAAUUGAGUGCCUGAAGCCAAAAGUCGAGAGCUAUGAACUGAAAUUCCAGGAAGAAGUGACUGCCCCAUGGUAAGACUCCCAUGUCUCGUCCUGUGUUUCUUGUUCUCUGUGGUUCUGUCUUAUGUACCAUGCUUGUACAUCCACCGAUUAAAAAUGUAGGUGUAGGCCUUCAUUAUCAAUCUAGGAAACAUAUUUGAGUGAAUGUCUAGGGAACUCUUGUUAAUUUAGUUUAGACUCUCUCUCUCUC